AUGUGCAGAAGGUAUAUUGAUAGGAUAUGGUGCUCAGACUGCGGCAACCUUCUUGAUCAAAAGUUCGAAUACGAAUACUGCAAGAAAUCUCAAGGAGGGGUCUCAUGCAAAGAUACGAAAGACUAUAUUAGGAUGCCUGCUAUGGGAUGUAUCUUGAGGUUAGAGGAUUAG